GAAGGCGUAGUGGAGCAAAGGCGAAAGAGAAGCGUGGUGAAUGAAAACACUUUACCUGCCCUUAUUCUGUGGGAUUUAACUAGCAGCAGAAAGCGCCUGACGCUACCUUAAGCAAUGCUCCGGGGACAUUUUUGAUCUUUGGUUCAGGUACCUUUGAGGAGAAGCUCCUUGCCCAGGUGAAGAAGAUUGUGGGCGUCGGAGCUGCUGCUCUCACUCUGAGACUGUCUCUAUCUUCCCAGCAUGACCGACGUGGUGAUUGUGAAGGAAGGAUGGCUCCACAAACGAGGAGAGUACAUUAAGACAUGGAGACCACGAUAUUUCCUGCUGAAGAAAGACGGUACGUUUAUUGGUUACAAGGAGCGGCCACAGGAUGUGGACCAACUGGAGACGCCGCUUAAUAACUUCUCUGUGGCACAGUGUCAGCUGAUGAAUACAGAGCGACCAAAGCCCAACACAUUCAUCAUCCGCUGCCUGCAGUGGACCACUGUCAUUGAGCGCACCUUCCAUGUGGAUACUCCAGAGGAACGGGAGGAGUGGACCAAAGCCAUCCAGGCUGUGUCUGAAAGUCUUCAGAAACAAGAAGAGGACAUGAUGAUGGACUCAUCUUCCGACCACAUGGAUAUGGAAAUGUAUCUGACCAAACCUCGGCUCAAAGUGACUAUGCAUGACUUUGAAUACCUCAAACUCCUUGGGAAAGGCACUUUCGGCAAAGUCAUCUUGGUGAAGGAAAAGGCCACUGGGAAAUACUAUGCCAUGAAAAUCCUCAAGAAGGAAGUGAUAGUAGCAAAAGAUGAAGUGGCUCACACACUCACUGAAAACAGGGUCCUCCAGAACUCUAAGCACCCCUUCUUGACGGGGCUGAAAUACUCAUUCCAAACACAUGACCGCUUGUGCUUCGUCAUGGAAUACGCAAACGGAGGAGAGCUUUUCUUCCACUUGUCCCGGGACCGCGUCUUCACUGAGGAUCGAGCGCGAUUCUAUGGAGCAGAAAUUGUAUCAGCUCUGGACUACCUGCACUCGGAGAGGAACGUGGUGUACCGUGACCUAAAGCUGGAAAAUCUGAUGCUGGACAAAGACGGCCACAUAAAGAUCACCGACUUCGGACUCUGUAAAGAGGGCAUUACAGAUGGAGCCACAAUGAAGACUUUCUGUGGCACCCCAGAGUAUCUGGCUCCUGAGGUGCUGGAGGACAACGAUUACUGCCGCGCUGUAGACUGGUGGGGUUUGGGAGUGGUCAUGUACGAGAUGAUGUGUGGACGCCUGCCGUUCUAUAACCAAGACCAUGAGCGGCUGUUCGAGCUCAUCCUUAUGGAGGACAUCCGCUUCCCUCGUACUCUCUCGCCUGAAGCCAAGUCGCUCCUCUCCGGCCUCCUUAAAAAAGACCCCAAACAACGGUUAGGCGGUGGUCCUGAUGACGCAAAGGAGAUCAUGCAGCACAAGUUUUUCGCUGGAAUUGUGUGGCAGGACGUUUAUGAGAAAAAGCUGAUCCCUCCUUUUAAGCCCCAGGUUACCUCAGAAACUGACACAAGGUAUUUUGAUGAGGAGUUUACUGCACAGACCAUUACCAUCACACCUCCUGGAGAAGAUGAAAACAUGGAGCCAUUCGACAGCGAGAGGAGGCCUUACUUUCCUAAGUUCUCCUAUUCAGCUAGUGGAACCUGUUAGACUUUUCCUAUUUCUGCCUCUGUGCCACUGAGUCCAGCGCCCCUGCUGGGUGCUUCGGGUAGCUGUUGCUCUUUUGCACCACUGACCUAGGACACGUUUUCCUUUACAAACACCUCAACAACCAAAAAACCGGCAAACGAGGAGUUUACCCACCUGGACUUCACACUCUUAUUCAAAGUCUUUUUUAACUAUUUGAUUUGCCUUAAAUGUCAUGUAUCUGUCACAAGGCAGACCUUUUUUUAUUUUAUAACAUUUUGCAAAAACACCAAGCCCAUUCUUUAAUGGUUUGAUGUUGGUGCAUUUAAGGCGUUUUAGUAAUUGAUUGUUUUUCUGAGGCUGUGAGAGGAGACACUACACCACAUUCUCUCCCGAACAAAUGAACAUAUGAAACCAUACAGCUCACAAGUUGACAAAAGUCAAGAAAGUAUUUAUAAAUUUUAUAGCACUUCAUCAAUCCAGCCAGGUAUUUGUUCUAGCUAAACUAAUAAAAUGCCAAAUACUCUAAUUUAACCUAGGUUUAAAAAGACCAAUCAUUCGGACCAACUGAAACUUUAUACCAGAAUUUUCUACACUUAAAGACUGAAAUCAAGAAAAUGGUGAUAAAAUAAAAUAUAAUAUUAUUAUUGUAACAUUUCAAUUGAGCAGGACCCAGCCUGUAUAAAACCAGUUGACCUUUUUUGACUGGAUAUGCUUUGCUCUUGGGCACAAUAAUACCCUGAAUUUGUCUUUUUUUUAUUAUUUUUUGUACUGAAUGUGCAAUACUGUAGCAAAGACAAGGCGUGUAGAUUUAUUUUAGUUUGAAAAAGGACCAAUUCAGUUUUCUCAGAACUGGAACUGUUUCUUCUUCAGUCCUCACAGCAGUGUGGAGGAGUUCUCAUUUCAAAUAACUUAUAAGGCGCAGAAAUGAAGCCAUCCUGGACUUGUUGCACCACAGAUGAUGCAUUUUAAAAAACCAUUUCAAUAUCCGGGUACUCCUCCUUCAUCCGCUUUCACUUUGUUUUCUGUGUUUUCUGCAUUGAGUGCAUUUCUUUCAGUGCACUUUGCACAGCCUCAGUGAGGUACUACAGCUAGAUUUAAAUUAACAACUUUAGGGAUGGUCUUAGUAAUAUAGCGUUGAAUUUAAAGGACUCGAGUGGCAGAACCAGCUUGUAAUCUUUUGAAAGGGUUUUCUUUUUUACCUUGGGGUUGGUUUAAUAUUUAUGUAAAAUAACAACAUCCGAUCAAUGUUGCAAGAUAAGGCAUCUUCCAGCCUUGAACAUUUAUGGCAAUACUCAUGCCAUAGAGGAGCGACAUGUAAAAUUACAUCAAUUAUGGUGCUUUAGCUUGCAAAGUUGCCAGUGUUUACAAACUAAAGCCAUUGAGAGUAUUUGAGUCCAUGUCAUAACUGUGUUUUAUUACUGCGCUUUAGACACAACAG